CAGUUCUAAAACACUUUCAGAUACUUUCCCUAUUUUAUAUUUUUGCUCCUUUCUCACUCUCUACUAUCAAAGACACAUGUCCCGUCUGGAUAAAAUGGGAAAAUUAAGACAAAAGAUUGAAAAUAGGAAGAAAAUUUCUUCAAUGAGAAAGUGAAUGUUUUCAGAAAUCCUGGUUUUACUGGAUAGCAAUGGCAUUUGCUAAUAUCUCUACUAUUCCAGCCAUUCUGAAUGUUAGUGAAACUAUAUGAAAAUCAGAGGUCUGGCAGGGGAAAAAAGAAAGCAACUGAAGAAUGAGAAACCAUACAGAAAUAACAGAGUUUAUUCUUCUGGGAUUAACAGAUGACCCAAAUUUUCAGGUUGUAAUCUUUGUCUUCCUGCUCAUCACCUACAUGCUCAGCAUCACUGGGAACCUGACCCUUAUCACAAUCACCCUGCUGGAUUCCCACCUGCAGACCCCCAUGUAUUUCUUCCUCAGAAAUUUCUCCAUAUUAGAAAUUUCAUUCACAACCGUCAGUAUACCCAAGUUUCUGGGUAACAUUAUUUCAGGAGAUAAAACCAUUUCCUUUAAUAAUUGCAUAGUUCAGUUAUUUUUCUUCAUUCUCUUGGGAGUCACAGAGUUUUACCUUCUGGCUGCCAUGUCCUAUGACCGCUAUGUGGCCAUCUGCAAGCCUCUGCAUUACUUGAGUAUCAUGAAUCGAAGAGUCUGCACACUGCCUGUUUUUACUUCUUGGCUGGUUUCAUUCUUAAUCAUAUUCCCAGCACUCAUGUUGCUUUUAAAGCUUGAUUACUGUAGGUCUAAUAUUAUUGACCAUUUUACCUGUGAUUAUUUUCCACUGCUGCAACUUGCUUGUUCAGACACAAAAUUCUUAGAGGUGAUGGGAUUUUCUUGUGCUGCGUUUACUCUAAUGUUCACUUUGGCAUUUAUAUUUCUGUCCUACAUACACAUUGUCAGAACAAUUUUGAGAAUUCCUUCUACUAGUCAGAGGACAAAGGCCUUUUCCACAUGUUCUUCCCACAUGGUUGUUAUCUCCAUCUCUUAUGGCAGCUGCAUUUUUAUGUACAUUAAACCCUCAGCAAAAGAUAGAGUGUCCUUGAGCAAGGGAGUGGCAAUACUAAACACCUCAGUAGCCCCCAUGAUGAACCCCUUUAUUUACAGCCUAAGAAAUCAGCAAGUCAAGCAAGCUUUAAUUAACAUGGCAAGGAAGACUGUAUUUUUCACAAGCACAUGAAAUGGUAUGGUGUGAUGAAUUAGAGGCACAGGAAAGGACAAUAUGAAUUUUCAGUAGCUUCUUCAAUCAAAAUGGCCUCCUUGCAGUCUUCUGCAUCAUUUUCUUCUCCCUAAAAGUUUGCAAGCAUAUUUAUUUAAUAUAUUUCUCAUUUGACUUAAAAUAAUUUUCUUGUGUCUUCCUGACACCCCCCCUUUGAACAAUUUUUUGUAAAAUUACAAACUCUUCAAGAAUAUUUUGAAAACUAAAAUUAUUCUUCAGUUUACUUCAAGAAAUAAAAUUAUACCUAGAUACAUUGGAAUGGCUUUAUAAAUAUCAAUAUGAUAUUCUACUUGUUAUACACAGAACAUAUAGUUUUAUAAUUUUAAUUUAUGCUUAUAGAAAUUCCCUUCACUAUGCUACUGAUGUUCUAGGAAAUAUGUGAAAGAUACAAUAUAAUUUUUUAAAAAUGUAAGUGAAUUCAUUUGAAAAGCAAAAAAAAUUUCAUUACUCAUUUUAAUUAGGUAUGUUGGUGAAAUUAAUCUAUUAAUAAAGGAGCCUAGACCAUUAUCAAUAUAUACUUUUUUGUUAUAAGUGCUAAGUAGAGCUCCAUAUUUGUGAAUCCCAUAAUAUUCUCUCUGUAGAAUGACAGAUGAUGGAUAGACACAUAUACAAAUACAUACAUAGGUUUUGUCAAACAUAGAGAAUAUAUAGUAUAUUCCUAACAUAUGUUAAUUUUCUGUGAGUGGAAAAUAAGCUUCUUUCUAUCAUUACCUAAAAGUAGUAUGUAAAUCUUCUUAAAUUUUAGACUAGUUUAAAACACGAUAUGUAUCCAAAUUAUUUUAUAC